AUGAGUGGUAAAACCGGUUUAACAAUAAAGCAAGUAAACAACUGGCUAUGUAAUCAACGCCGGAAGCAAGAUGGUAGAGGCAAUGAGAAAGACAGAAAAAGAAGACUGAUAAUGAGAGAAGAACAACUUAGAAAAGGAAUAUCUAGAAGCAGCGUGUUUUCUCAAAGUCAAUUGAAGUUGUUCGAGCAAUAUCAUUUCAAAGCAGAGCUUGCCGAGAUUGGAGGAAGCUCAUUCAAAAUACCAUAUGGAGAUCUUGUUGUGCAAACUGGACAGGACAGAAAAAAGAUCAGAGACUGGUUUUCGAAAAGAAAAUCGAAAGACAGAAAGUUUGCUGAAACAAUGAAGAAUACGUUGGUUGAGAAUGAAGUGAACGUUCCUUUUGAAACCAAUACGGGUCCAAAUUUGGAAACGGUGGAGCUCUCAGAGCACACGGACGUUUCUACAAGUCAAACUCCACACCCCGAACAGAACGCUGUACCCAUCCAUUCCGACACUGUCACCUCUGACCCUACUCCACCUGUAAGGUAUUUAUCAGACAAUCUCCGUCAAUUUACGGUGGGAGAUUUGCUAGGAUCAGCAUCAAGCAAGAUUCGUCCAUUCAACAUCGAUUUUGUCAGACGCUGCCUAUUCGAAAUCGUCAUGCUUCGCCCAGAGCCAGAAAUGCCGGCUUAUUGGGUUUCUCCUCGCAGUACCCUAUUCAAAUUGUGGACACCGGAAACUUCUCGCGUCUACAAUCAGCAGGAAAGUCAAUGCUCAAUCCUGAAGAAGCCGACGUCGCUUUUCUCCUCAUCCGCAGACCAAUACCACGUCCGGCCAGCUCUACCAACCCACGCUCCUACCAAGCCACCUGACAUGGUUGGAACGCCCCCGAAGCUCAUAUAA